UCGAUUUAUUUUUCUGCGUAUACAGAACGUACUUUCCUUUCAUUGUAUUCCAAAAAAGAUAAUAUUUUUGUAUACUUGCGGUUAUUUACAACUGCAAGUAAUGUGUCGCUAAGCUGUAGUGAAAAUAACAGAAAAUACGACUUGCACGGCAAAUAAAUAUAAGAGUCAAUCACGAUAAAUAAAAAACCCAACUUGGAUUUGUAGCUUGCUUUCAGUUGCGGCGUCAUGGAGGAUCCCAAUCGCAUGUUGGCCCACACCGGUGGCAUGAUGGCUCCGCAAGGAUACGGCUUGUCUGGCCAGGACGAUGGCCAGAAUGCCGGCAGUGAGAACGAGGUGCGCAAGCAGAAGGACAUCGGCGAGAUAUUGCAACAGAUAAUGAGCAUCUCGGAACAAUCACUUGACGAGGCCCAGGCCAGAAAACAUACACUCAACUGUCACCGAAUGAAGCCGGCUCUUUUCUCUGUACUUUGCGAGAUCAAGGAGAAGACCGUCCUCUCGAUUCGCAACACCCAGGAGGAGGAGCCCCCAGAUCCACAACUGAUGCGCUUGGACAACAUGCUGAUUGCCGAGGGCGUGGCAGGACCUGAGAAGGGUGGUGGUGGAGCAGCGGCGGCCUCCGCGGCUGCGGCCAGCCAGGGUGGUUCCCUGUCCAUCGAUGGUGCUGACAAUGCCAUUGAGCAUUCCGACUACCGUGCCAAGCUGGCACAGAUCCGUCAAAUAUAUCACCAGGAAUUGGAGAAGUACGAGCAGGCAUGCAAUGAGUUUACUACGCAUGUCAUGAAUCUUCUACGCGAACAGAGUCGCACGAGACCCAUUACACCAAAGGAAAUCGAGCGAAUGGUGCAGAUCAUCCACAAAAAGUUUAGUUCCAUACAAAUGCAGCUGAAGCAGUCGACCUGCGAGGCUGUGAUGAUCCUUCGUUCGCGUUUCCUGGACGCACGCCGCAAGCGUCGCAACUUCAGCAAGCAGGCAUCCGAGAUCCUCAACGAGUACUUCUACAGUCACUUGAGCAACCCAUAUCCAUCCGAAGAGGCCAAAGAGGAGUUGGCACGAAAGUGUGGCAUCACGGUCUCGCAAGUAUCCAAUUGGUUUGGCAACAAGCGCAUUCGCUAUAAGAAGAACAUUGGUAAGGCACAGGAGGAGGCCAAUUUGUAUGCGGCCAAGAAGGCUGCUGGUGCUUCACCGUAUUCCAUGGCCGGUCCUCCCAGCGGGACAACCACACCCAUGAUGUCACCCGCUCCGCCACAGGAUUCCAUGGGCUAUCCAAUGGGAUCCGGCGGCUACGACCAGCAGCAACCGUACGACAACAGCAUGGGCUACGACCCAAAUCUCCAUCAGGAUCUAAGCCCCUGAGGAUCAGGGCUGUGAACCACUCCCAAACGGAGAAUCCCUCAUGCAGUUGUGGUCAAAAUAACUGCGCUGAAAAUCUAACAUGCUGUUUCAUCCUAAUUAUGUGCGGUUCUCUAUUGAACAAAAAAAAAAACGCGGUUUAUAUUUGCUUCUUCGCUAAGACCAACAAUCCUUAAGGGUUUUUUAAUUCCGCUGUCCUUGUUUUCGUGUCAGAUAUGUUUAAAAUUCCCAUAAAUUUAGAUAUAGUUCCGAUAGAUAUAUAUACAUGAGUAGAAUAUAAAUACGUAAUAGCUAGUUUGUGCUUGCUACAUUUUGGUUGGCGGAAAACAUUGCCUGCUAAAAAAAAAAAUUGAGCAUGAAGAUUAUAUGGUUUUCUGAUUAGCGCAGUCUCCUGCUAUUUUACAAUAUAUGCAGGAUAUUUUAAAAAGUCGUAAAUUGAAUAUUGCCUAAUUAAGAUUAUUUGCACGGCCAGAAAACGAAUAUACUUUGCUCGCUUUUUCAACAAUCAAUUUAAAAUGGAAAGCAUGUUUGUGGCAUGUCAACUGUAAAAUACAUAAAUACGUAAUAAUUCGUUUAAGCGAUUAUAAUUUUAUCAGCGUUCGUAAAAAGGGAUAAUUGCCAAUGCAGUGACUUUUUCUGCAUAACCCCAUUAGCUUAUAUAUUAUAACCAUCGAAAACAUAUGCAAGGAAACUCGAUUAAACUGGUAGUAUACGAAUAUUUUCACAACGAGUGAAGGUGAGAAGGCACAAGUUUCAGGGCUUUUAUUUUGACCGCAGCUGUGUAUAAAUAUAUUUUAAUACAUUUACCUACAUUUGCGGGUAUAUACAAAUAUUGCAUGUAAAUCAUACUAUGACGGUUCUUUUUUGGCUACAGUACGUAUACGACAGCAAAAUAGUGUUUACUAAAUUUAAAACUGUACGAAACUUUUAAAACUUGAACAAUACGAAAAUACGAAACUAAACCAUGUAUACGAUGUAUAUCAGAUAAAUAAAUAAUACAUGUUGUUGUUAUCCGCACACGUCAACUAAUUACAAAUAUUUUGAAUGUAAAAACGGAAAAGUCUUGGAUAAAUUAAAUUUCUGUCCAUUUCUAUCGAAAGACGAAUUGUAUUAUUUAACACUUUAUAACAUUUUCUAGUAUUCUAAAAGUCACAAAAUAAUUGUUUUUUUUUUUUUCUAAAUCAAAAAAGUAUUAAACAUUAAAUGGAAACUUUUCAGCUAUCAAAACAACUUUUUCAACUUAAUUGCAUUAUAAAAACCAAGAAGAAAUUCGUCUUUCGCUUGGAAAGAAAUCUAUACUUCUUUUCCCACUUUGCCCAAAUUAAAACGGAUAUGAGAACAGAUUAUUUAAAUGUAUACAAAAACGAUUAUAAUUUUAACUGAUAAAUAAUAUAUGUCUUCGGCAGACUUUCGCUCACAUUACGGUCAAAUGAAACCAUUCAAUGUAUUUCAGUAAGUAAGGUACUGCAUUAAAAAUUUUGGAUAACAAUAGAAAAAUAUAUAAAUACACAACUUUACACGAAUAACUUAAUAAAUCAAAACGAAGUAUUAA